CGGCGGCGGCCGGGCCGGGCCAUGGGGAAGGAGCAGGAGCUGCUGGAGGCCGCUCGCACCGGGAACCUGCCCGCCGUGGAGAAGCUGUUAUCGGGGAAACGCCUCAGCUCCGGCUUCGGCGGCUCCGCGGGGGGAGGCGGAGGAGGAGGAGGUGGAGGCGGCUCCGGGGGGGGAGGCGGCGGAGGAGGCAGCGGGAGCGGCGGUGUGGGGCACCCGCUGUCCAGUCUCCUCAGCAUCUGGAGAGGGCCAAAUGUGAACUGCGUUGACAGUACUGGAUACACUCCACUGCACCAUGCUGCUUUGAAUGGUCAUAAGGACGUUGUGGAAGUUCUGCUGCGGAACGACGCACUAACCAACGUAGCAGACUGCAAAGGCUGUUACCCUCUUCACCUGGCUGCUUGGAAAGGCGAUGCAGACAUAGUGAAGCUCCUCAUCCACCAAGGACCUUCGCAUACCAAAGUGAAUGAGCAGAAUGCUCUUGAGAUCAAAGAACUCAAAAAGUACGGCCCCUUUGACCCAUAUAUCAAUGCCAAGAACAACGACAAUGAGACGGCACUGCACUGUGCUGCACAGUAUGGCCACACCGAGGUGGUGAAGGUCCUUCUGGAGGAGCUGACCGACCCCACCAUGCGCAAUAACAAGUUUGAGACUCCUCUGGACCUGGCUGCGCUCUACGGGAGGCUGGAAGUUGUGAAGAUGCUCUUGAACGCUCACCCCAAUCUCUUAAGCUGCAACACUAAGAAACACACUCCUCUGCACUUGGCAGCUAGGAAUGGUCACAAAACUGUAGUCCAUGUCCUCCUGGAUGCUGGCAUGGAUAGCAACUACCAGACUGAAAAAGGCAGUGCUUUGCACGAAGCUGCUUUGUUUGGCAAGACAGAUGUGGUACAAAUAUUGCUGGCUGCAGGUAUUGAUGUGAACAUAAAGGAUAACAGAGGACUGACAGCUCUGGAUAUUGUGAGGGAACUUCCCUCUCAGAAAAGCCAACACAUAGCAGCUCUUAUUGAAGAUUACACCAUCGGGAAGAAGAGUGCCAAAGCUGCAGAGAAGACUGUUCAAGCACCACUUGUUCCCCCCACUGAUCCUGUGGGCCGGAUACCUCAGGGUGAUGUGGAGAAAGCAGUUACAGAACUGAUCAUAGACUUUGAUGUGAACCCAGAAGAGGAGAGUCCGUAUGAAGCUUUGUACAACGCAACGUCCUGCCACUCCCUGGACAGCCUUGCCAGUGGGAGAUCCUCAGAUCGAGAGUCUCUGAACAAGGAACCUGAAUCAACUGGCCUCAAAGCAGCAGGAGUCAGGCCUAGAGAACGUCCGCCGCCGCCUGCCAAGCCACCGCCUGAUGAAGAGGAGGAGCAGCAUGUGGAGAAGAUAGGCCAUGGUGCUUCCUGUGAGGCCUCUGGUGCACGAGGAAAGAGCAGGGGAAGUGGAGCUGAGGAAGAGGAACACCCCUACGAGCUGCUGCUUACAGCAGAAACUAAGAAGCCCGUUGCAGUGGAUAGGAAAACGAAAGACCACAGGAGGAGCAGCCGCAGCCAGGACUCUGCUGAUGGUCAGGACAUCCAGGUUCCGGAGCAGUUUUCAGGGUUGCUUCAUGGUUCUUCCCCGAUCUGUGAGAUAAGCGAGGACCCUUUCAGGCUCGUUUCCUCCGUGGAGAAAGGAGGCACGGAAGCUACAAGCCAGGCACGUGCUAUGCAGCUGGAGGAUGCUGCCUUACCUGCCUGUGGCUCGGUACGGACCAGCUCUCCAGACCAAACCCAGACAGUGGUCUACGCGACCGUGCAGCACACGCACGUCAACCGGGCGGAUCCUGGAGCUGUAGUCACGCCCCACGUGCCCCAGCACCCCGGCGGUGCUGAGGAAGAGGGGGACAGAGCUGUGGGCAGAGCCCACCCAGGCAGCAAACCCAAAGCUGAGCUCAAACUCAGCCGCAGCUUGUCGAAAUCGGACUCUGAUCUCCUGACCUGCUCUCCGACAGAGGACGAUGCCAUGGGGAGCCGGAGCGAAUCGCUCUCCAACUGCAGCACUGGGAAGAAAAGGCUGGAGAAGUCCCCGUCCUUUGCUUCCGAGUGGGAUGAGAUUGAGAAAAUCAUGAGUUCCAUCGGCGAAGGCAUUGACUUUUCCCAGGAGCAGCAGAGGAUCUCAGGUUCACGGAUGCUGGAGCAGAGUGUUGGGGAGUGGCUGGAGUCCAUUGGCCUGCAGCAGUAUGAGAGUAAGCUGCUUUUGAACGGCUUUGAUGAUGUCCGCUUCCUGGGCUGCAAUGUCAUGGAAGACCAGGACCUUCGGGACAUCGGGAUCGGUGACCCACAGCACCGUCGGAAGCUGCUCCAGGCCGCUCGCUCCCUCCCGAAGUUGAAACCCCUGGGCUGUGAUGGGAACAGCCAGCCUUCAGUUCCUGCAUGGCUCGACUCUUUGGGGCUGCAGGAUUACAUCCAGUCCUUCCUCUCGAGUGGCUACAGCUCUAUUGACACUGUGAAAAACCUCUGGGAGCUUGAAAUAGUAAACGUGCUGAAGGUGAACCUGCUGGGCCAUCGGAAGCGGAUCAUCGCCUCCCUGGCAGACAGACCGUACGAGGAGCCACCAGCAAAGCCACCGCGCUUCUCGCAGCUGAGAUGCCAGGACCUGAUGUCCCAGACGUCGUCCCCCCUGAGCCAGAACGACUCCUGCACGGGCAGAUCUGCUGAUCUGCUGCUGCCCUCUGGGGACACUGGCAAGAGGCAGCACGACCGAGGCACCGAGGCUGCUCCCUACGCCAGAGCUGAGCGCUACAAAGCACAGGAGGACCGUCGGGAGUCGAAGCUGACCCUGCGCCCCCCCAGCCUGGCUGCCCCCUAUGCCCCAGUCCAGAACUGGCAGCACCAGCCAGAGAAGCUCAUCUUCGAGUCCUGCGGGUAUGAGGCCAAUUACCUGGGCUCCAUGUUGAUCAAAGACCUCCGAGGGACAGAGUCUACGCAGGACGCCUGUGCCAAGAUGAGGAAAUCCACAGAGCAUAUGAAGAAGAUCCCGACCAUUAUACUGUCCAUCACAUACAAAGGGGUGAAGUUCAUCGAUGCCUCAAACAAGAAUGUCAUUGCUGAGCACGAGAUCCGGAACAUCUCCUGUGCUGCUCAGGACCCUGAGGAUCUCUGCACCUUCGCCUACAUCACCAAGGACCUGCAGACCAGCCACCACUACUGCCACGUCUUCAGCACUGUGGAUGUGAACCUGACAUACGAGAUCAUCCUCACAUUGGGACAGGCGUUCGAGGUGGCCUAUCAGCUGGCCCUGCAAGCCCAGAGAGCAAAGCCCCUGGGUGCUGGGGCAGGAGAAACCAUUGAAACAAAAUCUUCCAAACCGGUGCCUAAACCACGAGCCGGCAUGAGGAAAUCUGCAGUGCCGCUCCCUCCCGACACCCGCUGUUGUUACUGUCACACGUGUACAACACACCGCCCCUCCUACCUGCCGCUGCAGUCUGUUAGUCCCGGAGCCAAGCUGGAGCCCCCUGAAGUGGACCAAGACUCCCAGUCUCAUGCCAGUGUCUCCUGGGUCGUGGACCCCAAACAGGACUCCAAGCGGACCCUCAGCACUAAGUAUGAGACCACUAUCUUCUAAAGCAAACACACCCUGUGUCCACCCAGUCUAACCGUGCCUUUGCGAUCUGAUCUGUCCGCUCUAAACCCCCUCUCCCUCCAGCUGCUCGCACUGAGCCCCGCGUAGGCACUCCGUCAAUGGCAGCAGCACUUAGGAGACUGUAGACUUAAAACCGGCUUUUGUACCUGAUCACUGCUGAACACUGUGAAUUCUCCUUACUCGGAAACAAGGGUAACAUGCUGAUAGGUAUCCGUGAGGCGGGAGGUACAGGGGGUGCAGGCUGGGGGAACCGGAGCUCUGGAGCCAGGAAGCCGCCGGCCAUUGUCACGUCUUUCCCCUCGCUCUGGCACUGUGAAUCCCUGGGGCAGCGUGACACCCCCCAGGCCUUUUCUAUUUCACCUUCUUCUCCUUGGACUGAUGGAGACCUCUUGUCUCUGCGGUGCACUCCCUCCUACACCCUCUCCUUCCCGACUGAGCCACGGCUGCGUACUGUUCAGUGAACUCACCCCUCUUCUUACCUGCCGUUCGAAUCGACACUAACCACUGUGAUGCUGUCUGCAAAUAACACACGUUCACUAGAUUUCCUCACAGGGACCCUUGCCCACAGUCUCUCCCUGGGAAGCCUGAAGCAGAAAACCUGCUCUGAUGGGAGCACUGGUUCGGGCCGGGUGUCAUCGUUCCCACUGUGAGCUCUGUUCCCCUCAGAAGUGAGCUGGGGUUUUGGUUUCAUGCAUUUCAUCCCUUGUAGGAUUUUUUCCCCCCCCAUAGUUCUGUUUACACUCACCAAACUUCUGAGCUAUGGGCGUAGUUCUCACUUUGCAGAUUAUAAAGAGGUUAAGCUUUUAAAGGCACAUGUUGUUAGCCUCGUGCGGGGAAGGAAAGGUGUUGGAGGGGCUGGACACUGCGCUGUUGGAGGGCUAAUCAAGCAGAUGGAGCUCUGCUGUGUUGAGCAGACUUAAUUUUUGCCAAAGGGAGAAAUGGAAUUGAAAUCAGUCUGCUGCUGCUCCCAAAGCUUGUUUUCAGUCUACAAACCAUUGCACAGAGAGAGCUAGAGGGAUCCUGAAACAUCUGUCACCUUCCAUCCUUGAGAGUGAGGAUUUCACUCGGAGGUGGCCCUGCAUCAGUGGCCACCUCUGCUUUUUCUGGCUGCUUCUCAAGUGCACGUGUUUUUCCUCUGGGAAAAUGUCCCUAUUUCUGUGUAGAAAUGCUACUUUCUCAGUAGAAGCAGCUUUUAAUUCCAGUAUAUGGUUGGGAAUUGUUUGCAUAGGAUGGCAGAGCAACUGUCACAGGCCAGAGCAGAGUUGGAAUGGGUCUGGGAAUGCUCUACGGUGGUGAAAGCCCCUAUGAGCCAUCCAUGGCCAUGCCCCUGGUUUUGCCACUUGUGUUUGCAAAGCUCACUGAGAUGAAACUGAGGAGGAGGAGGAUGAUCUGAUGACUCUACAGUGCCAGGAGGCAGAAUUCCUGCCCCACUGCUGCUUCUCUCCAAGUUGCUGUGUCCAAGUAAUGUCACCUCCCCUUACCUCAGUUUCCCCAUAUAGGGGAUGGGGAUGUACUUCCCUGUCAGGGUGGGAGGCUCCUUCUGUUUGCAGAGCAAUUUGAAGACCCUUUAGUGGAAGGCUCUGUGACUUCCACACCGUGGCAGCAAACCUCCAACGCUCUCCUGACAGGUGAAGUCCUAAACUCCAGACAGAGUCAAAGCAAAGCUGGCUCUUGGACCCCACCAGCUUCUUGCAGGAGAGGGCUGAGCAGAUGGGGUUGUGGCCGUGUGGUAGUUGGGCUGCACAGAACUCACUGACAUGCACCUUGGUGUAAGUGUCCGAACUCCCUGUGGGUUUCACACCUUGGCAAAACCCCCUCACAGCCCAGUUUUGGAGAGGUGAUGGUGGGUCUGUAUUGGAGAGCUGUAGAGAGGUGGACAGCAGCUCCCUGCUCACCUCUGUGUGACAUGUCUGGUGGACACCUUAGAUAGAAAUGGGAAGGAGGGCACACUUGGAUCUCCAGUAAAGCUCCAUGUCCAAAAUAACAAUUUAGCCCAAAUCUUCCUUGGUUAUCACCAGUUGGCAUCAGCGGGGAGGUCACAACAGCAGCCCUGGGUUAUUGCACCUGGUAUUUAGGGGCUAGUUUAGAGCUGUUGCCUCAAAGCUUCUCUUACCCCAGACUUGUGGUGAAAUCUGAUGUUUCAAAAUCUUUAUUCAGCUCUUUCUCAGGAGUGAGUUUGAUCUCCCAAGUCAUUUGUGGCUUAAUGGCACCAAGCAGCAAACUGACUUCAAAAUGAGGGCUAGGCUGGUAAGAACCCAAGUGAGAGGAAUAAAAGGAUUAUCUUAAAGCAAGAGAAAAAGGAAAGCUCAGCCUAGUGUGUAUAUUUGAUAUGCCAAGGAGCCUCUUACCACAGAGCAAGUGCUCCUCUGCUUAAAGACCCCCGAAGCAGAGGUUGAACUGCAGUUGCCUGAAAUGCUGCAGGACCAUCCUGCCAGCAGCAUUGUGGUGGACAGCAGAAUAUUGCUGCAUCUGAGGUGCUGCAAGAGGCUGGGGUUGGGUUUGAUCAGCAUCUUUCCAAGCUGUAAGGGAGCCCUGAGGGUUUCUAUAUCCUUCAAAGAGAAACAGAGUUGGUGGUGAUAGUGCAGUUUCUAUGAGUAAGCAUUUACAAUGCCAUGGCCUAUCCAUAUGCCUGACUAGAGGGUCUGAGCUCUUGCAUUUCCCCUACUCUCAGCAGGUUCCUCAGCACCUCCCACACUGGGUCGCUGCAGCAUGUGCCUUUCUAAGGGUGACCAUCCAAACCCAGCUGGGAUCACAGGCAGCUCUGCCUGAAAUAGAGCCCCCGCUGUGUAUCCAUAAUCCUCACGGUUGUGUCACAUCCUGGCCAUGAGCCUCAUCUUUCCCAGCACUUGUGUUUGUAUGACUCGGAAAUCAUUCAUUCCUUUAUCUUCCUUUCUGUUUGCCUCUGCAAAGCUGAGCUCCGGGCAGCUGUCUCCUACCACGGACAUGUAGUAACGGGGCAGAGACCUAAGAAGCAGUGGCCUGCUGACACGAAGAUCAUCUCCAUCUGGUGUCUGCCUCGGAGUGGGUGCAUGGCUGCUCAGUGAGGGCUCCCAAAGCAGAGGGGGGAAAAGGGAUCCCAGGCACCAGCUGAGGAAAGCAGCUCUCUCCAUGUCUAGCAAAGGGAAGUUGAGACUUCUGAGAGCGAUGUCACCUUUUCUAGCUUGAGACAAAUGUUUUUCAACCUGUUUCUUUUUUCAUGUGCAAAAAUGAUACAGAGCAAAUCCAGUUCACAGUUUAAAUGUAGCACUGCAGGUUUUUUGGUGAGGAAAUAACAAUAGAUGUCCUUAUUUACUGAGAAUCCACGCAGCCCUGAGCACAAUGGGGAGUCUUAGUGGUGGGAGUGGUGUGCACAUCUCUAACGGUACUUACAUUUGCUUCAGUUCUGGGUGAACAGUAGAGAAUGCCAAAUUCCUGGAAAUCACUUCCUCCAGUGUGAGAAGCCUGGCAGGGGAAGUGCAAAUGGAAACAACUUAAGGAGUCUGCAAAGGAUCUGUCACCCCAGAGUGGUUGUGGCCAAGUCUGACAAUGGUACAGAGCUUGCUUCCCCUACAGAGAACUCUUACAUUGCAAUACUUGAUGUUUCUAUGGCAAGGACACAAUUUCUUCCCAUUUUUCCGCACUGAACUCCUGGAGAGGAGUCCCUUCUCCAGUCUCGUGUGCACCUGAGUUGGUUUUAAAUGCAGUUAUGCCCUGAAGGGUUGAGGGUUUGGGGUUUUUUAAAGUCUAUUCAAUUGUGAUUUAGCACUUUUUUGAUACUAGCUUGUUAUUUAAUUAGUGCAACAGAUUCAGAAGAUGAACAAAUAAGGAGUUAAAUUUUGGGCAUUACACUGAAGCAGUCCAUACCCCAGGAGAAAUCAGACCAACCUGAGGAUGGCUCAGCCCCCAUCUCAGUCCAGGAUCCCCAAAACCACCAUCUCAAAGGUGCCAUUACUUUUCUUCCAAAUUAUCAGAGUAUCUAACAGCAGUUUGGGCUGUGACUGAUGUGUUUUCACACAGUACUGACUGUUCCCCUCAAGGGAGAGGUGUUAAAAUGUGAUGUUCAUUCUUCAGACACACAGAUGUAGCGCAGCACGUGUGUAACCUCGACAGGCAUUGUGAUGGUUGGGGAUGUGGUACCUGCUGCUUUACUAGGAUGGUAUGCCCAGAUAACUUCUGUUUAACUCCAGUUGCUGCUGUAUGUCAGGAUUUCAUUUAGUCUCUCUGGCCAGUGAGGCAGAGAGAGAUGAUCCGUAAUCCCAAGGGCAUAGACGUGUAAAUGAUAAGGAGGGGGAAGUGGAGAUGAUUAUUUUUUAAGUUGAUGAAUUUAGGAAACCUAACAUUCCUUGUUCUGCAUAUGUUGCAUUCAUACUGGUGUUAAGUGUAAAUAUUUGGUGUGUUGGCAACAAGUCUUUUUGGAGAGAUUGCAAAUUGAACCUCUGCUUGGGAGGAGGGACACCUUUCUUUUUACCUGCAUGAGCUUUUUGAAGGUUGGCUUGGAGGUGACGUGGUGAUGAAGACUCCAAUCUUCAGGGGACUGUGCUUAGUGACCCUGGUGGUCCUUUCCAGUCCUGUGUGUGAUCCUGUGGUUGUCUUUAGUGAUCCAACAGUUCUUUAGCCAGAUACUCUCUUUCUCGCUCCAUAGACAAAGCAGUUGUUUUGGCAGUGCAUAUUCCCCUUCUGUUUCAAUGGGUUUUCUCAAGGUACUUGCAUGCUGGAGACAGAUCCUGGACCAUGCCAGUCCCUGACUCCCAGUCAUGUUAUCCCACCCAUUGCACAGUAUUCUGCCUCUUCCUCCCUCCAGGGUUUCAUGGUAUCUGGGAGGAAAGUGCCCUAAAUUUCUGGUGCUGAAUAUGACUUUUGACUCAAAAUGCAUCUGCUGUAUUCCCUGCCUGGAAAAGGUGGUGCUGCCCUGGGCCUCAGGCCCCUUUUUUAAGGACGGAUUGUGGUUUACAGAGUUUGGAUUGUGCAUGGCAUGAGUCCAGGCUGAGAACUCGAGAUAAGUAACUGAGAUGCAGAGCUGUCCUUUUUUAUAUAGGAGGGGAUGACCUUUUUUGGUUUGGUUUGGGUUUGGUUUUUUUUUCCAAAGUGAAGCUGCUUUAUCCUUUUUAAUUUUGUAUUUACAAGGAAAAACAAAAAGCUAUUCAGCUGCCUUUGAACUUGCUUUGGGAUUGUUCUUUUAUGAACAAAUUAUGCAACUUUGGUGGGGUAUGUGCCUGUCCCCUCACAGGGAGAAGAUGCAGCACCUUCCAGGCUGUACCUCUAGUGACAAGUCUGCACCUUCACAAGGCUGCUGAGACACAGACCAGAUGCCAAAUAGUCCCUCCAAACCCGUCCCGUUCUGUGGGCAGCUGAAGUGGAGGCAAUUGCUUUAAUGCUCCUUCCACUGCAGCAGUUUCUAGCAGCACAAUUUCCCCUGGCUUCUUUCUGCUCACAUUGUUUCCAUGCGAUCAGACCUUUGUUUUAGAGCAAGCACAGUGUCUGCAACACUGCCUUGUUGCUAAAGGUCUCCCUUUUAUGUCUCCUAUUGGCAUUACUUCCUGUAUUUUUUAUUUUCCCAAAAGAAAGUACCUGUGCUGCUCUUGCAAAGUCAGUCUAGCUCAAACACUUUUCUUACCCAUGGAAGAAUAACCUGAGAUUCCCUAAGAGGGCAGAGAACACUCAAGUUCAGUUUGCAAUGUAGUCAUUUUUGCUAAUUGUGAUGUAUGGCAGUGGGACUGAUUUGUACUACAAAUGUUAUUUAAUCUGUCUGUAUUUUGAUACUUGAAUUUCCUUUUAUUUCCUGUAUAUACAAUUGUUAAUCUGUUCAAAUUUGUCUGAAUUUUAAAACAUCUUGUGGUACCAAACAUAACCAAUCUGUGCAACAACAUAGACUGACCUCACUACAACAAGGCGAGAGUGUAAAUAUUUCUGGGCUUCCAGCAGUCGUUUUGUUGUUUUCAGAAUUGUACAACUUAGAACAGACUGAAUUAAUAAACCAACUUAGACACGU